AUGUAAAAAACAAUCACUGUAGAACCUCCAUAUAAAAGCUUUUCAUCAGUUUAGAAGGUUUUUAUAUAUAUUGAAUAUCCAAAAACAGAAAAAGUAAAGAAUUUUUAUAUUUGGAAUAUAUAUUUAUAUUUAUAUAAUUUAUCAAGAAUCAAAAAUGGCAAGUGCGCAAAGCAAUUCUGAUCAAUUCCGUAGCCAAUCUGAGGCCAAAUCAGAGCAAUUGGUAGAAUCAAGUAAUAGUAGAACAAAUUCACAUGUUAACAAAGUUGAAGAUGCAAUUCAAAGAGCUCGUGAAUCAGCUCAACACAAAAGGGCACGAAAUUCAACUGGAUUUCUUCAUCAGACUGGAGAGCAAAUGAUGCACAUGGCUCAAGGUGCGGUUGAUGGAAUGACGAACACAUUUGGAAUUGGAUCAAACAAAAAUAAAUGAAAGAAUUAUUAUUCACUAUGCUAUAUUAUAAGCAUUUGUAAUCAAAUCUAUCAUCACUGUAUUGAUAUUAAACAUGUUAUAAUAAAUCACUAGUUAUAGUCUAAAUGAAAUUCUUUAUUCUUUAUGAUA